GGGCCAGUUCUUGUGAUUAAUCAAUCACAAGAAACGAUGGAUAAAAUGAAUGAUUGGUGCAAAAAACAUCACGGCGAGUCAGGAUUAACGGCAGCAGUCUUAUCAUCCACGAUUACCACAUCGGAUGCGUCCACUCAAAUUCUAGAAUUCUUAAAAAAACAUAUUCCCCAAAAAGGAUGCGCACCUUUGGCGGGAAACAGUGUUUAUGCGGACAAAAUGUUUUUGAAAAAGGAAAUGCCCGAAGUGAUUGAUUGGUUACAUUAUAGAAUCAUUGAC